CCUCGCGUUGCGCAUGCGUACUCAAACAAAUCAUGUCAAACCCCAGAAACAAAACUGUUCCUCUGAAAACAACCUGACGAUGUGCUGAACGAGCAGUUUGGGAUCGCUUGAGUGUCACUUAGGUUUGUGAAACAGCAAGCAACAACAGCAACAACAUGUUUGGUAAAAAGAAGAGAGCGCCACAGCCCAGAGGCCAGGGCGCUGCUGCAGCCAAGCAGAUGGGUCUGUUUGUAGACCUGGACCCCGAGGAGAUGAUGAUGGGUAUGGAGGGGAGUGUGGAUGACCCAGACUUGGAGGCUGAACUGGCCGCUAUUACUGGGAAUAAAGCUGCAGCUGGAGGAAGAGCCAAGCAGAAGGGGAAAAGCUCGCUGCACAUGGAAGACAUCGCAAGAAUGGCCGACGAGUGUAUGAAAGAUGAGGAUGAGGAUGAAGAUGAAGAUGACAGUAACCUGGAAGACGACGAAGAUCUAUUGGCGGAGCUACUGGAAGUGGUGGGUGAGGAGGACGAUGAGGAUGUUGUACCCGUUUCCUCUACAUCCUCUGCCACUGCUUCUCAAGCUGAAACGACAGAGCUGACGCAGCAGCAGGACGUAAAGGUCCCCUCCGCAGCGCCGGGCAGCCUCCAAUACACCCUGGAGGAGAGAGUUUUCAUGUACAAGGCGGCUUUGCAACACGCCAAAACUGCAGGGGAGACCUCCAAAGUCCGGAGAUGCGAUCGCGGCCUGAAGACUCUGGAGUCGAUGUUGGCAGGUAUUAAAAAAGGGAGACCCGUGAAUGAGGCAGAGAUCCCUCCCCCUGUUGCCACGGGAGCCCAGAGUGCCGCCUCUCAGCCUGCUGUUCCCCAUCGACCAGCUCCCCCUGAACCCACAUCUUCAGAUCAGCAGGGCGAGUCAGAGGCCACGCCCGCUGUACCGGAGAUCCUCACCCCCAGCAGUGAAGAGGAGCACUCGUCUUCUGCCACCCUGCCCCCUCUGAGCACCGUCCCAUCUCCAGAGGAGCAGACCAGUCCAACAGAUGCCACAGCGAACGAGUUGACCAAGACGUUGCUUUUGGAGAGGCAGAAAGAAUACAAGAUGGCAGCUCUGAGAGCCAAGAAGCAGGGAGAUGUGGAGCAAGCCAGGCUCCACUUCAUGACCAGCAAGAAAUUCGAUGCGGUGGUUGAGGCGUUGGAAAAAGGACAAGCAGUCGACCUGGAUGGCCUUCCUCCAUCUCCCCAGGGAGGAGGCUCUGCUCCAGUGAUGGAACCUCCCUCAAGACCAAACAUAGUUGUCACGCAACUGGUUACAGCAGCUCCAGCCGCUGCACCCACAGUAGCCCCUUCAGCUCCCAAAGACGUGCUGGAGGCUCUGGAGCAGAGACGAGCCAAGUAUGUAGAGGCGUCCAAUCAGGCCAAAGCCAGCGGAGACGACCGCAAAGCUCGGAUGCACGACCGAAUCGCCAAGCAAUACCAGAGUGCCAUCCGAGCUCACAAAGCAGGAAAAGCGGUCAACUUUGAGGAGCUGCCAGUUCCCCAUGGUUUUCCUCCAAUCCCGGGCCAGAAGGCGACGGGGGCGGAGCAGGGAUUCAUUGCUGCUCUUGAGGCAGCAGAUAAGCUUUCCUCCACUGAUGAUGCUGAAAUGGGGAAUGAAGGAGAAGACGAGGAGGAAGAGUCCAAGCCUGCAGCUCCAGAAGAGCCAAAGAAACCCAUGCAAGGAAGGAAAAGGACUCCGUCAGCUUCGCCUGACAGAACCGCCACCAUGGAAGGACUUUCAUCAUCAGCGGCUCAGCAGCUUGAGUUUCUGGAGGGCCGGAAGAAGCAGUACAUGAAGGCGGCUCUGCAGGCAAAGCAGAAAAACGACAUGGAUCAGGCCAAGAUCUUCCUCCGCACCGCCAAGGGCUUCGAACCCAUGAUCGAGGCCGCACGCGGCGGCAGGAGUGUGGACAUUAGCGCGGUGCCGUCGCCCCCUGGUGACGAAGACGAGGACUUCAUCCUGGUUCAUCACAGCGACGUGCAGAUCUCAGAGAAGGCAGAGCAGCUUUACACACAACUGGCCAAGAUCCUUAAAGAGCAGUACGAGAAAUGUUUGACUCACUCCAAGCAGUUCACGCACCUGGGGAACGUCACCGAAACAACAAGGUUUGAGAAGAUAGCAGAUAGUUGUAAAAAGAGUCUGGAGGUCCUGAAGCUGGCUCAGUCCAGAGGUCUGCCUCCCCCUAAACAUCACUUUGAGGAGAGAUCAUUUCACACUGUCAGGAUAUUCCCAGACCUGAGCAGCACCGACCUGGUUGUCAUCAUCGUCAAAGGGAUGAAUCUUCCUGCUCCUAGUGGAAUUCAAACAAAUGAUCUGGAUGCAUUCGUGAAGUUUGACUUCCCGUACCCCAGCGCGGAGCAGCCGCAGAAACACAAAACAGCCGUCAUCAAGAACACCAACUCCCCGGAAUUCAACCAGAGCUUCAACCUGUCAAUCAAUCGAAACCACCGCGGCUUCAAGAGGGUGGUGACGUCGAAAGGCCUCAAGCUGGAGCUGCUGCACAAAGGUGGUUUCCUGCGGAGCGACAAGCCGAUCGGGACGGCCCUCGUGAAGCUGGAAAAACUGGAGUCGCAGAGUGAAAUCAGGGAGAUUGUAGAGGUGAUGGACGGUCGUAAAGCCACAGGUGGUCGUGUGGAAGUUAAGAUCCGACUUCGGGAGCCUCUGAGCGGACAAGACAUGCAGAAGAACACCGAGCGCUGGCUGGUGAUCGACCAAUCGCAGGUUCUCGUUUAGCUGCUGCUGCAGAAUUAAAAAUGAUUCAUAAGAUGAAGAUUAAAGGCGCUCAAUCACAAACAUUUGAGGACGGCGUUUGUGAGGUGAUGAGGACAGUCGGUUGUUCAGUCGACUCCGACCUACGCAGGUCUUUGACUUAAAACUUUUGCGAGACACAAGAGCUCCUUUCACACUGCAGUCCACCAGGAGGAGACAUGGAGCUGACGCCAGCUGAUGGACAAUCACUCCUUGUCUGAAUGGUCUCAUCCCGGUGAUGCAUCAGGGCCGACUAGCGGGGAACAAUGUGAAGUCUCCUUACAUCAGAUAAAACUAUUCAGUCUCCAUGAGCAUCACUCAUCUCCUGGAGGACAACAGGCAGCGUGUUCUCUGCUAAAAGGCUAAGUGUCAAGCUAACCUGCUGCGCGACAUGACUUAAUUUAAUAUAUCAAAGAAUGUGUACAUAUUCCUCAUUAUUACAGCUCUGGUAUCUAGAACUGCAUAUAUGCACUAAUACCAAAGGAAUCACUGUUGCUGUAAAAUCCUGCAUAUUUGAAAUUGCCUCUUAGUUGCCAAACCUGUUACGAUGACACAAGAGUUUGUGUGAUGGGACUAUUUUGACUAUUUCCCACACAUUUCAUCUGAUUUUCAGUGGGAGAACACAGGCAGAAACUCUUAGAUGUUUUUAAGGUGUAAGCCAAGAAAUUAUGAUGCUACACAAGGUCCCAUUAUAUAAUUAUAUUGAAUGCCACACUUUUUUUGUCACCUUUCACCUUGAUUCGUAAGUCCUCUGACAGUGGUCACUAAACUGCACUCUCACUUAUGUCUGGUUUUAGCGAUGUUAGAUUUGUUUAUUUUGUUUACACUUAAUAUGUCAAAUCUGUGCAGAAUCACAACUGCUGAGUUUAGCUCAUCUUUACCUGUUAAUGUCUCAAGGAACACAUCCAUUAUUUAAUAAACUUUGAUAGUAUAUUGUACAUAUUUGACGUAAGGAAUAGUUUGACCUUUUGGGAAAUGCGCUUAUUUAUUUUCUUGGGGAGUUAGAUGAUGAAAUUGAUACCAUGUAUACAUAAAUAAACAUCUAAAGCUCACUAUUUAACAGGAGUCCAAUAAGUGCGCUUCAGAGGUGCUGGGUGGUGUAUUAGAUUCAAGUUUGGACUCAGCCGUUUCCCUCCGCUUCCAGCCUUUAUGCUAAGCUAAGCUAAGCGCCUCCUGACUUGCGCCGUAUUUACACACACACACACACACACACACACGGUAUCAAUCUUCUCACUAAACUCGUGUCGAGUGCAUUUCCCAAAAUGAGUAAAACCACUUUUUACAACUAUGCAACAGACUGAAUCUUGAGGUGCAUCACUUUCUCUUUUAAAGGGCCAGUUCACCCAAAUUAUAGGAAGGCUUUCUAUUUUCUUAUCUGCUGCAAUUUCAACCAAUAUAUAGAAUUCAUUUUGUGCUGCAGUUUGAAAAAUAACUGAAAACGAUGAUGAGAUUGAAAGUUGAUUUUUGACCUUUAGAAAAAGUUUAAGGACAACAAUGAAUUUACAAUCUCAACUCAACAUGAGUUUGGACUCAUGGUUUAAUGCACUUAUUGUAAGUCGCUUUGGAUAAAAGCAUCAGCUAAAUGACAUGUAAUGUAAUGUAACUCGAAGCUAUCAAUGAACAUUACGUCUUUAAAAGUGAACAUCAACCGAUCUGAUGAAAAAGAAAAACCCCCGAACAGCUCGUAGAUGGACCUUAUGGUGAAAACUGUUUGGGUUAUAAAGAGUAACCAGAACAUUGUUUUUGAAAACACGGUUCUCAUUUAGAGUGAACUGACCCUUCACUGCAGCAUUGUAAUAAAUGCUGCAUCAGAAGCCAUAACAAACACACUGAGCAAAAAAUUAAUAACAUUUUCAACAGGUUUACCUCAAAAUUGUCUACAACAUUAUUUUGUGAGGAUACUGUGGUCAACAUUUGUUUGUCCUUGUUGGGAUCAAUAAACACAUCAUGGAUCAAUGCAA